UGAAAUAAAUGCAUAUUUUUUCUUAAUAGCAUCAGUUCUUAUGAAUUACGGUCAUGUUAGUUGGACAAUGGUGGAAUAUACGCCAGUGAUUAUUUUCUUUGCUAUAUUUGUUGCUGUACCUUUGCAACUCUUAUUGUCACCAUCUUCGUCAUCUGAUGUCAAAUAUCAUUUGCACAAACUGAGGAAUUCAUUAUCACAUUUCUCACGGUUAUUUUUAAACAAGGAAGAAGAAGUGGAUGAAAUUACUGAUAUAUCAGGAGACGAGAAAGAAACUAAAUAUUUUGGAGGUUCCCUUGAACCACGAGAUCCACGACCUCCUUAUAUAAAAUAUCGUGUUGGUGACGUGGUUCGACAUAAAAUUCAUGGAUAUAGAGGUGUUAUCAUUGGAUGGGAUGAAAAAGCGGUUGCACCUCAAAGUUGGCUCGAUAAGACUCACAAAGGCCGAAAAGAAUGGUCAGAAAUGCCGAAUUAUUCGGUAAUAAUCGACACCAGGGAUAGACUAAUUCCACAGCUGGCUUACGUUGUUGAAGAAAAUAUUGAACUCGGGGAAGGAAGGAUAUUUCAUCCACUCAUUAAGAAUUAUUUCGAAGCAUUCGAUGGGAAGCAUUAUACAUCUCGACCGUGGCAUAAGAAAGUUUAUCCCAAUGAUUAAAUUGUUGUCUCGUUGUUUUUUUUGAGCCUCUUUCAUUUUGC